GUUGGAAGUGGAGAGAGAAUCAGAGAUCUGCUUGCAUGGCUUCCUGACGGGGGGUGGGGGUCUAAUUUUUUAUUUAUUUAUUUUUUCUUUCCUCGGUGCUGGAAGGGAGAGAGACAAUUUCCAAGCGAUCAUUAGCUGAGAGCAGCCCAGCUAGGUCGAGGCUGGGAGGCGGGGACACGGUGGCAAGCAGCGAAGCAAGGUAGAGGCACGAAGGCAGAAGACAAGGUAGAUGAAAGCAUGAGGUGGCUCCUAGGCAGCAACUGGAGGAAAUUUGGACACGCUGACAGGGGGAACUACGACUGGCUAAACAAUGAGCCAAGUGGGCCACUGCUGGAAACAGAGCUCCAGAGCAGACAACAGAUAAGUUCAACCAAAGAAGACAUAGAGCCAUUUCUGUGCAUCAUAUUGCCUGCCACCAUGAUGCUCUUCCUGGCAUUCCUGCUGCUCUUCCUUUACCGCCGCUGCCAGCGCCCCACCCCGCAGGGGCAGAUCUUCAGCAUCGACCUCCCCGAGGCCCUGCCUGAGCACGAGGUGCCCAGUUUCCUUUCCGUGCUGCCCUGGACCAGUGAACAGAGUUUCCACUACUCCACUCUGCUCCCUGAUGCCACAUUCCUCUCCGUGUGUUUGCCUCCAUCCUACGAGGAGGCCACCAUGAAGACUACCCUGGGCAAUGCUCACAUUGAGCUCUCUACAGAUCCAGUGCCUCCUUAUGAAGAGAGCAUGGCACAUCCAGCAGCACCAAAUAAACUUCCUACAGAAGCACCUUAGCUGAAGCAUGCGGCCCCUCACGGCACAAACGUGGAUCUGCUAUGGCCUUUAAAAUUAGCAAAAAAUCCAAAUGAGCCAAAGUCAGUGAAUUAUGAAGGAAGAAACUUGGAGUAACAGGGAAUGAGCCUUUUCACCUCAUUCUAGGAUUCUCUAUCUUCCACUUGUAGCAAGGCUACAUGUACAGUGUGACAGCAAAUCAAUUCUAGGCUGUUAAUGUUGGAAUUUGAGAAAACUGAGUACAUCAUACAAGGAUUAAACUUACAGACAGAUGAGAAUCUGCCCAUCUGAAAUCCCUCAGCUGCCAAGAAACGUAACAUUGAUGGUUGGACUUCAUGAUCUUGACUAUCUUUCCCAGCCUAGAUGAUUCUAUGAUAAGUUAUGCUACAGAUUCAGCAGUCACAAGAAGGGCUCCUAGCAUGA